AUGGAACAGCUGGGUCCGGCGUUGUCGGAGUUCUACGCCCCCACGACGAGCAAUGAGCGCAAGCAGCAGCUGGAGCAGGGCCUGCACGCCUUCCAGGCGCAGCCCAACGCUCACCUCACCAGCCUGGACAUCCUCGCCUCUAUCGGCCAACGGCGCGAACAGGAAAACCUGUUUGUGCUCUACUUCUGCGGCACGACCAUCGAGGGGGGCAUCCCCAAACGGUGGAACGCGAUACCCAAGGAGGAAAGGCUCCACGUCAGGAAAACCCUUUUCCAGGGAAAAACAAUGUUGUGGAACAAAAUCUUGGGAAUUCAACCCUCCUGUGGCGGCAAAGAUUCCUCCCUUUGUUUUCCUAAAUAA